CUCCCGAUCCAGGACUGGGAGCCGAGGGAGAGGGGGAAGGAGAGAGAGAGGAGAGGACAGAGAGGAGGAGGAGAGAUGGCGGAACAGGAGAGUCUGGAGUUCGGGAAGGCAGACCUGGUGCUGCUGGACUCGGUCAGCAUGGCCGAGCUGAUGGGCAACCUCCGGCUGAGGUUUGAGAAGGGGCGGAUCUACACCUACAUCGGGGAAGUGGUGGUGUCUCUGAACCCGUAUCGCGCCCUCAACAUCUACGGCAAGGAGGUGAUCGAGCAGUACAAGGGCCGCGAGCUGUACGAGAGACCACCUCACCUGUUCGCCAUCGCGGACGCUGCUUACAAAGCUAUGAAGAGGAGGUCAAAGGACACGUGUAUCGUCAUCUCAGGUGAGAGCGGGGCGGGGAAGACGGAGGCCAGUAAAUAUAUCAUGCAGUACAUCGCAGCCAUCACCAACCCCAGCCAACGGCAGGAAGUGGAGAGGGUGAAGAACAUGCUGCUGAAGUCGAACUGUGUGCUCGAGACGUUCGGCAACGCCAAGACCAACCGUAACGAUAACUCCAGCCGUUUCGGCAAGUACAUGGACAUCAACUUCGACUUCAAGGGGGACCCGAUCGGCGGCCACAUCAACAACUACUUACUGGAGAAGUCCAGGGUGAUCGUACAGCAAAGAGGAGAGAGGAGCUUCCACUCCUUCUAUCAGCUCCUACUGGGAGCCCCCGAACAGCUGCUCCGCUCCAUGCACCUGCAGAGGGACCCCUCGGUGUACACCUUCAUCAAGGGCGGGGGAGUGGUCAAGUCCAACAUCAACGACGCCGCCAACUUUAAGGUGGUGGCCGACGCCAUGAGAGUGAUUGGCUUCACCGCGGAGGAGAUCCAGACGGUGUACAAGAUCCUGGCCACCAUCCUGCACCUGGGCAAUGUGAAGUUUGUGGUGGACGGUGACACGACCUUCAUUGAGAACAGUAAGUUGGUGUCGGUGAUCGCUGAGCUGCUGUCCACACGCAGCGAGGCCGUGGAGAAAGCCCUGCUGUACCGCACUGUCGCCACAGGCCGAGACGUCAUCGAGAAGGAGCACACGGACAGGGAGGCCAGCUACGGGAGGGACGCCUUCGCCAAGGCCAUCUACGAUCGUCUGUUCUGUUGGAUCGUGAGCAGAAUCAACGAUAUCAUCGAGGUGAAGGAUUACAACGCCGCAGUGCACGGCAAGAAUACCGUCAUCGCCGUCCUGGACAUCUACGGCUUCGAGAUCUUCGACAACAACAGCCUGGAGCAGUUCUGCAUCAAUUACUGCAAUGAGAAACUGCAGCAACUCUUCAUCCAACUGGUGUUAAAGCAGGAACAGGAGGAGUAUCAGCGUGAGGGUAUCCCCUGGAGACAUAUCGACUACUUUAAUAAUCAGAUCAUUGUGGAUCUGGUGGAACAGCAGCACAAGGGCAUCAUCUCCAUCCUGGACGACGCCUCAGUCAACGUGGGCAAGGUCACCGAUGGGAUGUUUCUGGAAGCUUUGAACAACAAGCUGUGCAAACACGCCCAUUACUCCAGUCGCAAGCUUUGUGCCACCGACAAGCAACUGGAGUUUGACCGAGAUUUCCGCAUCAAACACUAUGCUGGCAAUGUUGUGUAUUCCGUUGUGGGGUUUAUUGACAAGAACAAAGACACAUUGUUCCAGGACUUCAAACGGCUCCUGUAUAACAGCUCUAACCCGGUGCUGAGGAAGAUGUGGCCGGAGGGGAAGCUGAGCAUCACCGAGGUCACCAAGCGACCUCUCACAGCGGCCACACUGUUCAAAGGCUCCAUGAUCGCCCUGGUGGAGAACUUGGCCUGCAAGGAGCCCUAUUACGUGCGCUGCAUCAAGCCUAAUGACCAGAAGUCUCCACUGCUGUUUGAGGAGCAGCGCUGCCAGCACCAGGUGGAGUACCUGGGCUUGAUGGAGAACGUGCGGGUACGGAGGGCAGGCUUUGCUUACCGACAAGUCUACGAGAGGUUCCUACAGAGGUACAAGAUGAUCUCGGAGUUCACGUGGCCAAACCACGACAUGCGGUGUGACCGGGAGGCGGUGAAGAAGCUGGUGGAGUGCUGCGGCUUCCAGCACGACGUGGCGUACGGCAAAACCAAGCUGUUUGUCCGCACGCCCAGGACCCUCUUCACGCUGGAGGCCAAGCGCACGCAGAUGAUCGAGCGCAUCAUCCUCUUCCUCCAGAAGGUAUGGAGAGGAACCGUGGCUCGGCUCAGAUACAAGCGGACGAGAGCGGUGACCACCAUUGCCCGGUGUUACCGCAGGUACAAGGUCAAGUCCUACAUCCGCGAGGUGACCCGGCGCUUGCAGCACGUCCGGACCAUGAAGGACUUUGGGAAACACGUGAAGUGGCCGACUCCCCCCAGAGUCCUACAGCGCUUCCAGGACAUGUUACAGUCUGUGUUCCUCAGGUGGCGAGCGUAUCAGAUGAUUAAGGGCAUCGCUCCUGCUGACCUGCCCCAGGUCAGGGCGAAGGUCUCGGCGUUUGAGAACCUGCAGGGGCAGCGAGGGGAACUUGGCCUCCGCAGGGGCUGGAGGGGCAACUACCUGGCCACGACCCGGGAUAACCCCACUUCUACGUCAGCCUUUGCCACCAUCGCCCGGGAGCUCCAGCGCAAAGACAAGUACAUGGCCACCCUCUUCUCCAGCCACGUGCGUAAGAUCAACCGCUUCAACAAACCAGAGGACCGUGCCAUCCUGAUCACCGACCGGCACCUGUAUAAGAUGGACCCACUGAAGCGAUAUCGGGUCAUGAGGACCAUCGCCUUGUACAACGUCACUGGGGUCAGUGUGUCGCCCGGCAGUGACCAGCUGGUGGUGUUUCACACCAAUGACAACAAGGACCUGGUGGUUUGUCUCCACAAGAUGCAGCCGGUUAACGAGAACCGCAUCGGGGAGUUGGUGGGUGUCGUGGCCAAUCACUUCCGCAGUGAGAAUCGUCAGCUUCACGUCAAAGCAUCAAAUCCCAUCCACUGCACCAUGAACGGGAAGGCCUGCUCUAUCACCGUGGAGACCAAGAUCAACCAACAACACCCCGACUUCACCAAAACCCGCUCAGGGUACAUCCUGUGUUGGCCUGGGGCUCAGUGAGCUUGGCUCAGGCCUCCCCUCCUCUCCUCCCAUCUGCUGCCAAGCCAAACCAAGCCCACCCCAUGGACUUCAUCCCUGCCCUGCCCCCCAACCCGGCCCCCAGCCCUGCCCAUCCACCCUCACCUCCCAUCUUCACUGUCUGUCGUUCAGAGACACUCAUUAAGGUCUAUUUUUCCGGCAGUGAGGUUGGGAUUAGCCAAUUAAACAGCGUGUGAGAAAGUGGCCUGAAAAUUGAGAGGUUAAUCCUUCAUUUUUAUCUUUUAAAUCAUUUUUCAGAUCAGAUCCCAGCGCAGUCGAAUGUAAAGCAUUCCCUACUCCCCCCCACCCCCUUUUCCCAUCCCCACCCCCAUCCAUCCUCGCCUCUGGAAGGAACAUAUUUAUUGACCUCAGAAGGGUAAAGGGCUGAGUAGAUCCAACCCACACACUGCUCCCGAGUCCAGUGCUUAGACAUGUCUCAGAAUUCUGUUGUUGGAGGUGCACGACUCUCAACACUUCAUUAGCAAUAACACUCCCCCCAUGGCCCUCACCGCCAGUUACAUCCUGCUCAUGGUUUGGAGCUCUCUGGUUUGCUGGCGAGGGCAGGAUGUCCCAGCGCUGCUGGUCUGCGCUGACGAUGUCCUCCAAGACUGGCCCGGAGAGUUCCCGAGCUCCAGGAGUUAGUGGGAGCAGGGCAGCCGGGCCAGAGGGAUGCCUGGCUCUGGGUUACUCCUCUCGGUGUCAGGGUCGUGUAUCCAAGCUUCCCAGAACUCAGCCAAUUGUUGAAUAUUAGUCGUGACUUCUUAACAGAAACUCAUGAUAAGAAAAACAGCUUCAAGAUUAAUUUCGGAGACUCGGAAAGGCAACACAGACUGAGUCAACACAGCCCCCGGGCAGUAUGCCAGCUCCCCCUCCCUCCCCCUCUGAAGGGGCAGCAAGCGAUUCCAACCAUCUGCAAUGAGGAAGGAUGUCCAGUGAUGGCAUUGGAAUAAUCGCUGCAAACAUGCCUCUUUUUCACCCCUCCCCAAACAAAACUGAUCGCCAUCCAGCAGCUUUUUUAAUGAUGCACCCCUGAUGUUUGUGGGACGCCAGCAUUAGAUUUCCCCCCAAACACAGAAGUGGACUCAAGUGCCUUCAACACUGCACUACCUGUCAGGACUCUUUAUAGCCUAGUAUCGAGGUCGCUAAGCGAUUGUUUUGCCGCUCAGUGGAAUAUAGUGCUUGUUUUCGGCAAUGCCAAUGUGUAAUGAAACGAUUUAUUUAAUCUCUAAUUUAUCAUGUAUAAAUCAGCUUUAUAUUUAGAAUUGACUUUAUACCAUUGGGUUAACCAGGAAAGUGAUUCUUGUUACUAAACAGUGUCGGGACCGCUGUUUUUUUUACACAAAAUUAAACUUUUUGUUGUUUUGUUUUUGAUUAAAACCAAAGUUUAUGGUGGGAGCUUUGUUUGAUAUGCAUUUUUUUUAAAAACAUUUGUAAUUUAAUUGUAUUUCUGAUGUGUUUUAUUCAUGUUAUCUCCUUGGUAUAGGAUAUACAGUAAAAUCACUUUAUUUUCAUAAACGCUUUGUUCCAAACUGAAAAAAUAUUAGUGCUCUUCAUGAAUUAAAAAAAAUUCC